AAUUGGAAGAGCGCAGAUGGACAGCGGUUCAAAGUUCAGUUCGCCGAGACCUCAUAAUACCUUUGGCCGAAACGACGACGCCGGGCGCGAGCGGAACAACUGUUUUCGAGGGACCAGUGGAAUACGACAGUCGUCGUAACGACAUACGGAGAUAGCGAAGCGCGCCGGUCGACGCGACUCGGCGACGAGCAGGGCGCUCCCGCUUCGGGGCAGUUCGAGAGGCAGCGGCUCGCGGCGUGUUUGCGCGCACAGCCGCGAUCCGCGAGCACGAAAGGUGAGCCGAUAAGGAGCGCGCGCGCACGGGCGAGGCGCGAUCGUUGUCUCGAGCGGACAGCCGCGUCGAUCCACGAGCGGCGUAUUGGCGCUCGCGGCGAGCGCGAUAAGGGAGCGUUAUAAAGUGCAGGCGGGUCAAGGGUCGCUGUUAUCGGCGCUGCCGCGGCGCUCGGCGACUUGCAGCGCUCUCAGUGUCGGCCCGAGAGCCGCGGAGCUCUGCGUCCAGUUGUUGCGGGCGCGCGCGCGACACACGCAGCCUGCGCGGUAAAUGCCGCUGGAGGAUGGCGGGGACGCUGCUCGGCCUGAGCCGCAUCGUCGACCCACUCGUGGCCGUGGUCGCCGCCGCCGUGCUCCUGCCGACCCUGCUGCUCGGCUACCCAAGUACGUCUCUGCGUUCGUGGUUUGUUUGGCCGUCUCGCUAUCUCGACGGGGCCGCGGAGCCGCGCCGAGCGCAAGUCUGCCGCUACUCGCGGAGAUGCCUGCUGCGGUUCGUCCAGUGGAAGUACCCGUACUGCCGCGUGGUGGAGGAGAGCAGCACGCGGAGCAUCCUGGACCAGGGCAAGAAUCAGGGCAUCUACACGCUGCUGGUGGAGUGGCCGUCGCUGUCGACGGACCGGCUGCGGGCGCACCUGGGCCGGCUGGCCUCGGCCAAGCCGCUGCUGCGCCACGCGCUCACCACCAAGUGCUGCCUGUACGCCUGGGAGCGGCUGGAUGAGUUCAGCGUGGACGACCACCUGCUGGUGUCGCCGGCGUCGUUCAAGGGCCGGCCCAUCAGCGAGGCCAACGUGCAGGACUACGUGAGCGACGUGACGUCCAAGUACCUCGCGGGCGCGCUCUCGCCCUGGCAGGUGCACCUCAUCGGUCAGCAGUCGCGCUACGUGCUCGUGCGCGCGCACCACCUGCUGCUGCGCCAGGAGCAGCUGGCCCCGGGCGACUUCCUGCCGCUGGAGCGCUCCAGCUGGCCGGCCGCGGCGGCGGCGCGCGACGCCGCCGACUCGCCCUUCGCCAACCUGUACGCCGAGCCGUCGGCGCUGCCCAGGCUGCACCAGCAGCUCACCGAGAGCUUCAGCAACGUGUGGAACGAGUUCCUCUGCAACAACGACCCCACCGAGCGCCCCGAGAUACUCAAGAAGCGGACCAGUCUCUGGCAGUGCGCCAAGAUCUGGAUCAUCGUCUGCUUCUGCUUCGUCAAGGAGCUGCGCAGGCAGCGCGCGCGCAACGAGGCCCCGGGCCUCGGCGAUCUGUGGCCGGCGUUCGCGCGCGAGGCGCGCAAGCGCAGCCUCAGCUGGUCGCUACUGGUCCAGGCCUCGAUCAACCUGCUCAAUCCGGCCGAGAUGCUGAGGACCGGGGCCGCCUGGCUCUGGUAUCUGGCCGUCGUGGCCACGCUGAAGACGCCCAUUCUGCUCUGGCGGGAGAUCCGCGCCGCCAGUCUCCUCAACGAGCACCAUUACUAUCCCGACAGCCUCGUCUCCAUUCUGUCCUGCUACCUGCCGCUGAUAUUCAGGGCGAGCCUGGAGGCGCUGUCCAUCCUGGCCAUCGCCGCGGGCGCGCCGCUGGCCAUCAUGGAGGAGCUGCUGCGCGGGCGGGGCAGCGACGAGCUGCGCGCCGUGUCGCAGAGCGGCCGCAAGGUGGUCGCCUGGUCGGAGGAGAUCGAGGUGGGCCUGCUGCAGCGCAUCGCGGCGGUGAGCGGCGCGGCCGACGCGGAGAUCCUGCUCGCCGCCGCCGUGGACUCGCUGAAGGAGUACUUCCGUUGCGCGGCGCGGCCGCUGCCCGCCGAGCUGCUGGCCACGGCCAAGUUCCGCAGCCAGCGCUCGCUGUACGCGGCCGGCCGCGAGCCCGGCGCCGGCGGCCUGCUCUGCCUGGCGCUGCCCACGCGCGCGCCCCUCCUCGACGACGACCCCGUGGAGAUGCUGCAGGCGGUGCAGAGCCGCGUGCGCGAGGCGCGCCGCCGCCAGCGCGCCAUCUACGCCGUGACCGCGGCCGAGGCCUCCUCGGGCCUGCUCACCCGCUGCCUGCCCUCGGUGCUGCUCAAGCUCGCGCUCAACCACCUGAGCCGGCGCUACUCGCUCGCCAUCACCCACGUGGACGGCCAGCUGCCCGUGGACGGGCUGCGCUCGGCGGUCUUCUGGCGGCCGCCCCAGGGCAACUGCAGCCUCUCCAUGACGCUGCACCGCCACGCCGAGGUGGUGCGCCUCGGCGUCAUGGCCGACGCGAUGCUGGGCCCGCAGCACGCGGCCAUCGCGCGCAGCUUCCCGCGCAGCCUCGACAAGCUGGCCAAGACCCUGGGCGUGCCCGGCUGCCCGUCCGGCGCCGACGCCGCCCAGCCCGCCCGCUGAGCUCGCCCCCGGGUUUACAGAUUACCAGAUUACACCGGGCCCGAGCCGCUUUCGCAUUUUUCAGCAGCUUAUUCCACGUGCAUCCAGCAAGUCGUCUUUCGGAUAAGGCUAGUGAAGAUAACAAUUUAAUAUAGAACCUUACUGU